CUCACUGCGGGGGAUUCCCCCACAGCCAAUCGCGUUGCACGUUGCGCGUAAAGUGCAGAGACCGCGAUGAAGGCGGCGGCAUCGCGUGCGUGAGUUCGCGGGACGCAACGGCCGAGCAUGUCGCCAUACGUCUACGAGCGCCUCCUCGCCUCGCCCUGCCUGGCCGCGGGAAGAAGGCUAAAGCUGCGCGCCCUGGCCAAGCAGGACCGCGAUCAGACGCCGGCGUUUGUCUCGGUGCGAUGGUUUGGCGCUGGGCCGUGGGGGGGACGUCAACCGGGCCCACCCCCCCGUCGUCUUGCUGCCCCCAUUGCCCUGCCCAGCUUCCCCCACGGCUGCCCUCGGGGCCUCCGCUGCCUUCCCGAGAGACCCGAGCUGAGGCCCCUGCUGUGCUGGUCUCUGGAAAUGAGCCGAUCACCUGACUUCAUCACCCGGCCCGUACCGAAGGAGGCGAUGGCCUUGAUGUCGCCCGGCAUGUCCGCUCCCCUCGAGUGGCUGCUGGGCCCCUUCACGGCCGUGGACGGGAGCCAGCGGGAUGACAUCGUGGUGCGCCACAGCCCCGGCUGCGCGGGGCCACCGGGCCACCCGAUGACCCGCGCCCUCGACGGUCCGCGGCGUGACGGCGCGCUCAAGGCGGUGGGCGGCUUCCGGCACGGACCGCCCGGCCCGGCAUCCAAAGUGUCGCCGUGCCCGCCCGUGGUAACGGCGCCGGAAGAGCCGCGGCGAGGGCCGGUGGCCCGGACGGAAUUUCCGGCGGGGGGCAACCCCGCCGAGGUGGCGCCGCCCCCUACGUCCCCGCGGCAUCGCCGAUCGGCGCCCUCCGCUCGCGACGACCCCCGGCGCUCGCCGGCACCCACGGCCACGGGGGCGGCCGCCCCUCUCCACCUCGGGCUGACGCCAAGCGGCUCGGAACUCGACUCGCCUCGCCCGGCUUUGCUCGCCGCCGCCGGCAACGGACACGACCCCUCGCCGUACGGCGUCGUAGAGCCGGGUUUCCCCGACUUCACCGACUUUGCUGACCGCGCCGGGAGCUGCGCUGGCGACCACGGCCGCCACCGGCUAAGCUUUGCCGCCGCCACGGCGCCGCGGGGGUCGUCGGCACGGAGCGGCCGUGCCGGGGGAGACCGCGGCGGGGACAUGCAGGAGCACCUCAUCAACGUGCACAGCGCCCUGCAGCACGAGCUGCCUCACUUCUUCAUGAAGAGGCACAACUACAAACUCUACUCGCCAAACGUCGUCUUCAUUGUCGAGUUCCUCCGUCUCAAGACGAGAGGCGUGGUGCUGUACCAGCUCUCCCUCUCGCUGCUGAACCUCCUCUCCUCCCUCUACUUCGUGGACGCCCACAUGGAGGUGCUCAGUCUCACGCGCCACGACGACAGCGCCAGCGUGCAGGCGCGCUGGCGCCUGCGGGGGCUGCCGUUCCACGUCUUCCUGCUGCGGUUCUACCGCCGCGACAGAUCCACGCUCUACAGGUACUAUGAUGCACACUCCACCUUCUACGUGGGGCCUGACGGACUCAUACACUGCCACAAGGUGGCCAAGCUGAUGCCGGUGAACCCCACGGAGCACAAGCUGACUGGGCUCACCCUGGGGGUGCUGGGGGCGCUGGGGCUGCAGGAAGAGCGGCCGGCACUCAGCUUCCUGACCCUGUUUCUGGCGCCGCUCACUCGCGGCCCCUCCUGCCCCUCCGUCUGCUGUUCCUCCUCCUCUCCAUCGCCAUCCUGCGCCAGCGCCGGACGCUCAUGAGCGCAGCGGUCACCGGCUUCCUCUCGCGGGCACACACACGUGCGCACUCGCUCAUACACACGCACACACACACUCGCUCAUACACACGCACACACACACGUGCGCACUCGCACACA